AUUCUAUCCCUCGCGUCGCAAACAGAAAGGCAGCAUUCACCACCGUCGGAACAGACAACAUCACCACCAACUUAGUCCUUCCGUCAAUCUGUGUGCUUCGAAAUGUCGUCUCUGAGGAACGCCAUUCCCAGGAGGGCUCACAAAGAGCGCGCUCAACCGUCCUCGAGGAAAAAAUUUGGCUUGCUUGAAAAGCACAAAGACUAUGUUCAGCGAGCAAAAGCAUUCCACCAGAAAGAUGAUGCUUUACGGAGACUUAGGGAAAAAGCAGCAAAUAGAAACCAAGAUGAGUUUUACUUUAAAAUGGUCAGAACAAAAACCGUCGAUGGAGUUCAUAGACCAGAGAGUGAAGCAAACAAGUACACCCAAGAAGAACUUAUGCUCAUGAAGACCCAGGAUAUAGGAUAUGUUCUUCAGAAGGCUCAAAGUGAGAGAAAGAAAAUUGAAAAACUAACUGCCACGCUGCACUCUAUUGAUGAUCAGCGCUCAAAUAAGCAUAUUUUCUUUGCCGAGGACAGGGAAGAGGCUAAAGAGUUACAAUCACAAUAUCCAAGAAGUCAAAUUCCACUUACAUCUGAUGAUAUUCCUGCUAACAUUAAGAGGAAAAUAGAUCGUUCUUACAGUGAGUUGGAAGCAAGGAAGAAUAGACUCAGCCAGCUAGAGAAAAUUUACAUGGAUAUGGCAAUGCAGAAGGAGUUGCAGAAAAAGGGUAAGAAGCGCAAACUACGGGAAGAUGAGAUUGUCUGUCCAACCACUAAACCAGUAUACAAGUGGCGUGCUGAAAGAAAACGUUGAAAAGAGUUAAUAAAUAAUAGUUCGAGCUGCUUCUUUUAUUCUUUUUGUUAUUUACUGUUUAGCAUAACAAUUAAAUACUUCAGGGUUGAGAUUGUAGGCGGAGAAUUUACAUGUCUUACUUGAAGCAGAAUUGAAAGAGAACUUACAUGUCUAGCAUCUGAAUUGAAUGUCUUACAUGAAGCAUGUUAAGUGGGAUCACAACUGAUGCCAAUAAUUGUAGCUUUCGAUGUUCUACAACUAUACUUUGCGAGUC